AUGUACGAGGAUACAUGGUACAGCUUCCCGACAGAGCGACGCAGCAGUACUCAGGGCCAAGGCCAUCGACGGCGGGCGUCCCUCCUGCAACAGCCAAACGGCGCAAAUCCACAAACCGACACAGUAGAGACGCUUGAUUCCCUCUUCGAGGAGGAUGCCGAAGAACACGAAGACGAAAUCUUUCUGCAGGCACGUGCAGAUGGCCUGGUACGGCGCGCACGAUCGUACCCUGACAUAAAGGCGGCCAGCAUACGUCCGAAGUGGGCGGCAGCGGCAGCGGAAGCAGCAGCAUUAUCUACAGAAACAGCGACAGCGACAGCAACAGCAGCAACGGGACCGGCAAAAAAGAACAACAGACGGGACAAGCCACCCAGCAUCAGCCGGAGGCGGACGCAGCGGCGGAAGAAUGAGGUCUCGUUGGAAGCACUCGCCAUCGCAGACUCGCUUCUCGGAGUGGACGAUGGGUUGGAGUGGCGAAAGCUACAGGAAAUGCCUGUGCUGCUUGACGCGCAUGACGCAGAGCUCCUCGAGGCCAGCCAGCAGGAAUUUUUAACAUACCGGGACCAGCUCGACAUGACCGAACGUCACCUCGGCCAGCUUGUCGACGACACGAGUGGGGCAUUACGGUUGCUGUCAUCGCUGGUAGACUCCUUCCGGUCCGUCGAAGAACAGACGACUUCUUUCCAGGCGCAGUGUGACGACCUCGUCUCCGAACAGCGCCGCCUCAAGACGCUCGCUGACGAGGUCGGCACGGACCUGCACUACUACGGCUACCUCGACAACGCCACGCGGCGGCUCAACGCGCCUGGAGCAGGUCGGUUGGCCGACACCGAGGAGCUGUCGGAGAUUCUCACUAGCUUGGACUCGUGCAUCCAUUUCAUGGCGCAUCAUAAGGAGUAUCGCGACGCAGAAUCCUAUCUCGCCCGUUACCAGUCCCUCCUCACAAAGUCUCUGCACUUGCUCGAGGUAGGCUUUACCGCACGCCUCGACAAGGUGUCGACUGAGCUGUCGAAGCAGAUCGCGGCCACCAAGUCGGACGCCGCGCAGCAUGCGCUCGCGUAUGGUCGCUUUGAGGAGCUGCUCGUCGAGUCCUCCUAUUCGCUCGUGCCCAAUGUGCAGCAGGUCAUUGCCAGUGCCUACACGCAACUUGGCGCUGCGCGUACAGAGCACCAAAGCUACUCCAUCUACUCAAACACGGCCAACAACAUCUUUCGCACAUAUCUACAGUGGCGCGACCAAAUUCUGCGGCCGAUUGUGCAGCAGGAGCUGGGCGCUUUCCAAGCAGACACCAAGGACGCCAAGUCGGCCAAUGGAUCUACGUCUGUGGAGACGGCCUCGCGCGGUUUCAUAAGGCAGAGCUUCGAACGCUCGUACCACGAGGUUCUGCUCUUUGCCAGGGUGUUUGCCGUCGAACCGCAGUAUAGCGCGAACACGAAUUCGGUCUUCGCUACACUACGCGCCUACCGCAGCGACUUGGUCAAUGCCGUCAACGUUGUGCCGCUGGCGACGCUGUUGCAGGCUGCGCUGUCUGCGGCCAACGAUUUGGCCGUUGUCUGCAACGUGCUCGGCUGGGUCACGCACGAAUACCUUCUCCUCGACUACGACGACGACGACAACAACGGCGGUGGCAGCGACGUCGACAACGGUGGUAACGACACGUCGUACCUCGCGUCGCACAGCCGGCAAAUGGCAGCACGGCUGCUCGCCGAGCACCUGUGGGUCUUCGCCGACGCGCUGUUCGAGGCCGAGGUCGCCAAGACGAUCACCAAGGUCCCUGUGGUGCCGGAGGCGCUCAAGAUUGCGCCUGUUGCCAACGGCCAGGCUGCAUCCAAUGCAUACCCACCCGUGCGCCGUGCGAUCGAGCUGCUUGUCAUGUUUGACCAGGCCAUGCCGAAAGAGCGAUGCCAACGCAACAGCCCUGUCGUAUUCAAGAUUGUCAAAGAGACCAUACUGGCAUUGCAACGAGCAGAGGCGCGCAUUAAGUCAGCGCGCAUCAGCACAGAUCCGGACCUGUUUAUGAUCAAGAACCUGCUCAUCCUGAAGAACGAGCUGCUGUCGCUCGAGAUUGGCGACAUCCGCAACGACGGCAGUGGCGUCGGCGCCAUGCAGCACUUUGGCCAGAUCUGGGACGCCCUGAGCCUGGCCACGAACCUUGUCGGCUACUUUAGCACGUUCAUCCCCGGCACAUCGCUCUGGUCGCGUGCGACGGGCGCUGUCGCCGGGUCGGCGGCGGCGGCUGCGACGGUGGCCGGCAACGGAUAUGCCAGUGUCUCGGGCAAGGCCGCAUCGGUUGUUGGUAGCAUGGCAGGCUCGACGCAGGGCGGGGUUCUCGGUAUGCUUCCCAACGGCCCCGUCGCGCCCAGCGCUGCCGACCAGGACGUAAGUGAGCAGCUGGAUGAGGCACUGCGGCGGUCGAUCAAUGCGUUUACGCAGCGGUGGGGCAAGCAGAUCUACGACGGCACGUCGCGCAAGCUUGGCGGUAAGAACGUGGCCAAGAUUGAGCGCGAGCUGGACGAGCUGCUGCAGACGGCCUUUAGUAACCAGCCAGAGGUGGUGGCCAAGCUCAAGGAGGCCAUCCAAAACGUGGCACAGGCGGCCAACGAGCAGCAAAGCGGCAACAAAAUCAGCCGGGUGUAA